UGCAGAUUGAAUAGUUGUAUUUUUUUAUCUUGAAAUCAAAAGCAAAAUUUUCAUUUAAAAAUAGAAAAACUCAAUACUCCAUACCCACACACUUCUCGAGUUCUCGUAUUAACAUUUUUAUCUCUGGUUUUGAGACAAGACAAAUGCGUGUGAUCACAACUAUUAUUACCAUUAACUGCUUCCCAAAUUGCAGGAAAACAACACAAAAGAUGGGCAACAAUAAUAUCCUAAUAGAAUACUAUACACCACACCAAAGUAUAAUAAUAAAAGAAAAAAUAAAAAAAUAAAAAUCCCACAUGUGUAUUUUUCUGACUCAAUUACUUAAAUAUUGUUAAAUUAAUAAACUAUACUAAAAAUCUUUUUUGCAACUAAUAUUUCAACCUAAUUUUAAGAUCUCACAAUUCCGUUAAAAAAAUUUAUGGGUUGGGUAAAAUAAGUUGACGUAUAAAAAAAAUAAAAUAAUACGAGUAGUUUACUUACUACAAUAGACAUGCAGAAAAGCCCAAAUGUGAGUAUCAAGAAGCCCAGAAAAGCCCAAUGGUGCUGUAGGCCCAUCAGCCACGUGGCGAUCCGACGUUACAUGUUAUUCAUAGAAAAGUCGUAGUCAUUAUAAUAUAACCCAGGUGGAAUAAAAUUGCUUUUUUGUCGUUAUUUGAAAUUUGAAUUUCAUGAUUUUGAACAAGUAGUAUAAAAGACUUCGUCGUAUUCCAGCCAGUAGUCUAACGGGCAAAAGUUUUCCUUCUCGUAAUCUAUCUCACUGUAAGUUCAAGAUUGUUGGAUUCCAGCACACAAAAUCGUUGGGAGUGAAGUUUUGCGAUCUCGUUUUUUGAAGGUUUAUUUGCAGGCAUAGUUACCCCAAAUGCCGAUCCGUAAAAGCGCCUCUCAAUUGGAAACAACGUGUGGAUCUCUUCUCCACGAAUUGAAGAUCAUAUGGGAUGAGGUUGGGGAGCCUGAUACUGAAAGAGACAGAAUGUUGCUUGAACUCGAGCAAGAAUGUCUAGAAGUCUAUAGAAGGAAAGUAGAUGAGGCAAACAGGUGUAGAGCUCAGCUGCGCCAAGCAAUUGCUGAAGCUGAAGCAGAGCUUGCGGCCAUCUGCUCUGCCAUGGGAGAACGGCCUGUGCACAUUAGGCAGUCUGAUCAAAACCCUGAGAAUUUGAAGGCUGAACUAAGAGCCAUCCUUCCACAGUUAGAGGAGAUGAGGAAGAGAAGAAAUGAUAGGAAAAAUCAGUUCAUUGUGGUCCUGAAAGAGAUGGAGGGUAUUAAGAAUGAAAUAUUUGCUUCCAAUGGAAUUCAUUCAAAUGAUUAUGCAAUUGAUGAAGGUGACUUGUCCAUAAGGAAGCUUGAGGAGCUACAAAGAGAGUUACAGGCACUCCAAAGUGAAAAGGGUGAGCGUCUAAAGCAGGUUCUACAACAUCUUGAUUGCGUGUACUCGCUGUGCAUGGUUCUUGGCUUGGAUUUCCAGAAGACUAUCAACGAGAUACAUCCGAGCUUGGUUGAAGCCGACAGCUCAAAAAACAUUAGCAAUGGUAUCAUAGAAGGGCUGGGGAAAACUAAACAAAAACUAAGAGAGCUUAAGCUAAAACGAAUGCAGCAGUUACAAGAUCUUGCAACAUCGUUAUUGGAGCUGUGGAACUUGAUGGACACUCCUAUAGAAGAGCAACAAAUAUUUCACAAAGUCACAUGUAAACUGGUAGCUUUGGAAGAUGAGAUCACAGAGCCUAACAUGCUUUCUCUCGAGAACAUCAACAAUGUAAAGGACGAAGUUUCCCGAUUGGAAGAAUUAAAAAUAAGCAAAAUGAAGGAACUUGUUUUGAAAAAAAAGGAAGAGCUAGAAGUAAUAUCUAGGAAAACACAUCUUGUUCCCGAUACUGGCGAUGCAAUGAAAAUAGCCAUUGAUGCUAUUGAAUCAGGUGGAGUAGAUGCUGAUUGUAUGCUAGAACAAAUUGAGCAUCAAAUAGCUAGAGUUAAGGAAGAAGCUCUUGGCAGGAAAGACAUCCUCGAAAGGGUUGAGAAGUGGAUGGCUGCCUGUGAGGAGGAGAACUGGCUUGAAGAAUACAACAGGGACGACAAUCGCUAUAAUGCUGGAAGAGGUGCUCAUCUUAUGCUAAAGCGUGCUGAGAAAGCGCGAGCAUUACUUAAUAGGCUUCCAGCUAUGGUGGAUGCAUUGGCUUCAAAGACCAUUGCUUGGGAGAAUGAGAAGGGAGUUGACUUUACCUAUGAUGGCGUUCGACUUCUGUCCAUCCUAGAAGGCUAUGCAGCGCUGCGGAAAGAAAAAGAACUCGAGCAAAAAAGGCAGAGGGAUCAAAAGAAACUUCAGGGGCAGUUGCUAACAGAGCAGGAAGCCAUUUAUGGAUCAAAGCCGAGUCCCGUCAAAACAAACAACACGAAGAAAGGCUCCAGGCCAUCAUCAGCAUGCAAUGUUGCUAGCAAUCGAAGGCUUUCUCUUGGUGUCCCGGCGUUACAGACUCCUAAGCCUGAUAUGCCUCGUUCUGCUAGAGCUACUCCCAACACACAGAUCUCCAAGAAAAGAGUCGAGCGGAUGAAUCUAGAACACAAAGAUGAUGGAUUCGGUGCAGGGAGGCGAUGUUUGGACGUCACCAUGGAACUUCAUGCGAAACAAGAGCCGCGGAAGCCAUUUUCGCCGAUAUCUUCCAAGGCCAAUGCAGCGAAUCUGCUGGAGAACACGAACAAGAAACACAAUGAGGCAUCAUGGCACAAGGCCAACACAACACCACUCACUACUACUACCACUACUCCGACGAAGAAAAUCUUUCCUAGUGCCGGGGAAGCAAUCCGAACACCUCCCAAAACGAUGAUCGCGGCGGCAAUACCUUCCACGCCCUCGUCUGCAUCUAUUCCGAUGCAGAUGCUGCCAGCAACGCCGCUCAUUCGAACAGCAGUGACGCCAACGAAACCAGGUGCAGACGAAAUCGAGUACUCGUUCGAGGAGCGGCGAGCGGGAUUCGUGCUCCCUGGAUCAUCAUCACUACUAGUAGUACAUCAGGUUAUGUAA